AUGGAGUUUUUGUGUAGUGAUGGCCCGCCACGGCGUUUUUUCUGUGCCAAUAGGAAGACUUAUAAAGAGGUAUGGCCGUACCUCCUUUCACGAAGGGUGCCUGCCGCACGUUCUUUUCUUCGAUGGGCUGCCAGGAAUGGUGUGGCGGUUCAUUGCGCGCUAAAGCUGCAACUUCAUUCUGGGCGGGGAUGUCAAUUGGUUGCCACGCGACGUAUUCCUGCUGGGAGGACUUUGGUUUCAUUACCUCUUGCGCUCUCGUUAUCUGCCGCACCGCCCAGUGAGGGGAAACGUUUUGUCCAUCGUUGGGAUCCCUUGGAAACGCUUACUGGGGUUGUGGUGCGUGAACUGCACAAUCCCCGAGGCUUUCACCGCCGAUAUCUUGAGUUUUUGCAUGAUCUCUACAAUGUGGACACCAUCGAUAUGUUCACAGGUCGUACUCUGUUACACAGGGAACUAGAAACCAUGUACAUGGGGAACUCCAUGCAGGCACAAGGAGUUUCAAACGGCCCGUGUCUAUCGAAAGAGGUUUUUGUUUCUGCCUCACAGCGUGUUGAGUGGGUACGGCUACACUCUCUAUUGCGGCGCAUGGAGCAAAGCUUGCCACACUUUGCAUCCAAAUCCGUGCCAUGGGGAUUGUCAAUGGUCCUGUCCCGAGCCCUUUCUGAUGAUUACGGCGGUCUGACGUUAUACCCCAUCAUAGAUUUCUGCCUUCAUAGUUUUGAGCCCAAUUCUGCGGUUUGUUUCACGUCAGCUAACAGUGCUCAGGGCAAAGGGGUUGGCCUAAGAUGGCAUGAUACCGAUCAGUUUUGCGCGCAUCUCUUAACACGGCGUGCCAUAUCAGCUGGGGAGUCCGUCACCCUAAUGUAUAGUCCACGUCGUGUGGUUUCAACCGAAGAUGCCGAGUAUUGGAAACUGAGGUGGGGUUAUGUGCCAAAUUGA